AUGGAUUGGCAAAAUGCAAUGCAUACUGCAUCUGACUACUGGGAUGCAAACUUGCCAGAAAUCGAAAACAUAUGCGAAUCCAACCUCGAAGCACAUGAACCUCUGGCAAUAAUCAAUGAUGAUCCCUGGCUAAAUCUAGAUUCUUGAUCGCCAGUUCCGCGAUCUCCAGCUCUAUCAGAGCUGGAUGAGUUAAAUCAAGUAUCAAAAAAGCACAAAAACCAGUGAAGUUUUGAAGAAGACGAGUUUUCAGGAAAUGACGAAACUCCUCGAAGUGGCAUUAUCCAUCUAAACCCAAUUGAGAAUUCACAAAGUAACAUUGAACAAAAUUCAAAUCCAAUUCACAAUAAAUUACCUGAAGGCGGACACAAAAAAUGAAAAAACAAGCACGACUCAGCGUCGAAAAAAAAUAAAUGAACACAUGAAGAAGACUGUUUAAUAGUCAAACUUUACAAUACUUAUGGAGGCAAUUGGAAAAAAAUUGCUGGAUAUUUAAAAGGAAGGCCUUCUGUAGCGGUUAAAAAUCGGUAUUAUGGCACAAUCAAAAGGAAAAUGUCAUCGAUUAAGAAGGAUCCAGAGAAAAAAAAGCCCGCUUUACUCGAACCCAAGGAUCAAGUAAAGUAUAUGGGAAAAGCAUGGAAUGAGGAUGAACUUAUAGACAGCCUACUUUCAGAGCCUGGAAAAACACCUCCAAAGCCACCGACUGUUGCUAAUCUUUCGGUUUCCCUUGAAAGUAUGAAUUUUAUAAAUGAAAUUAAAAAUGUGAAUAGUGAAAAUUUAUCUGCUGAAGAGAAAAGAAGAAGGUUACAAGAACUUUAUAAGAAAAUGGCUACUUUAGAAGCAUUUGUAAACCAAACUAAAAUGCAGAUAAAAAAUAUUGAGGAAUUGAAAACUGUUCAUAAUUAAAUAAUAAUGCCAUUUUUUAGAUUUUCCCAGUAGCAAUCAGAUUUUUUACAUUGAUAAAUAUAAACUGAUUACAUAGCCGUGAAAAUUCAAUAGGUAGACGGUAACUCUAUUUUUGAACAAAUCGGUAUGCUAUAAAAGAGAACUAACCUUUCAUUAAUUAGAAGUUAAGUUAUUUAAACUAUGCAAUUAA